AUGUUAUUUGAAAGUGAAGCGUUCAAGGUCCUGUUAGUUUUUCCUUUUCCUUCUCGAAGUCACAGCAUUCUGGGAGAAGGAUACGUCAGACAUCUGCUGAACGCUGGACAUGAGGUUACCUACAUAUCACCAUAUCCUAUGGAUAAUUCGAAUCCGAAUCUGCGACAGAUAAGUGUGGCGGACAACUUGAAUGCUUUUAAUGCCGAGCGCCUAAGCGUACAAACUCUAAUCAAUAAGGUGAUAAGCGUGGAAGAAGAAUUACACUUUCAUAAUAUUGUAAUGAAUGUUACAAGAUCGACAUUGGAAAAUCCUGCGGUACUAAAACUGGUCAACGAUUUUUCGGAACAGUUUGAUGUUGUUGUAUCUGAAUGGAUGUUCAAUGAAGUUUUCAGUGGUUUCGCAGCAGUAUUCAAUUGCCCGUACAUUUGGUCUUUACCCUUCGAACCCAACUUCGUGGCGUUAAGUUUGAUCGACGAAGCAACUAAUCCAGCGUACACGGCAAACAUACAGUUAAACGAUGUACCGCCGUUUACGUUUAUUCAGCGAGCAUCUUCUCUAUCGUUUCAAAUUAUGACAACAAUAAAGAAUAGGCUUUUCUAUUAUAACAAUGAGGAAAGUUGUUACCAAAACAAUUUUGAGCCAAUUGUAGCGAAACGGGGCAGAACUCUGCCCUCUUACUAUGAACUCGGACAUAAUGCUUCAUUUAUGUUGGGAUAUUCACACGUGUCUCUUGGUCAAGCGAUUAGGCUACCACAGAACUAUAAACCAAUUGCGGGAUUUAACAUAGAUGGAGAGGUUGAACCUUUAUCCGAGGAUUUAAAAGUUGUAGUGGAUAACGCUAAGAAUGGAGUUAUAUUCUUUAGUCUGGGGUCUAAUAUGAAAAGUAAAGAUUUGUCGGAUGAAGUUAAGCAAAUUCUAUUAAAAGUGUUUAGUGAAUUAAAGCAGGUCGUUGUAUGGAAAUUUGAAGAAGAAUUACCGAAUAAACCCCAAAAUGUGCAUAUUUUUAAGUGGGCUCCACAACAGAGCAUUCUUGCUCAUCCAAAUUGUGUUCUAUUUAUAACACACGGUGGAUUGCUUUCUAUUACUGAAGCUGUUCACUUUGGAGUUCCGUUUAUAGGAAUUCCCUUUUAUUUUGAUCAACAUUUCAAUGUUGGUAAUUCUGUAAGCAGAGGUAUAGCUAAGAAAGUUACUUUCACCGAAAAUGUAGCUGAAAACAUAAAGGAGGCAAUCCAAGAUAUACUUAACAAUCCGAAAUAUCAUCAAAGGAUGAAAGAGAUAUCAUUUACCUACCAUAAUCGUCCAAUAUCACCGGGAAAGGAACUGGUAUUCUGGGUUGAACACACGGUGUAUUCUGGUGGAGCGCCAUUAUAUCGAUCUCCCGCAAUUCAUAUGCCUUGGUUCCAAAAAAUGUACUUAGAUCUAUUUGCGCUGUUAGUUGCUAUUAUAUGCUCUAUAAUAUAUCUAAUAAGAUUGAUAUGUGUUUCAAAGCAUAAGAUCCAAAUCAAGAAGAAGACUUCUUAG